AUGGCAGCGGAGCUGAUCCGCCAGCUGGAGGUGGGCGCCGCCUCCGACCAGGAGCGGCACCAGGAGGCGGCCAGCUCUCGUCAGGAGCUGCUACAGCUGACCAGGGAGGCCGAGGCCAGGAUCGGCCAGGUUCGGGCGGAGGUCGACGAGAGGGUGGCAGCCGCCCGCGCCGAGGUCGAGCAGCGCUGCCAGCAGAAGAUGGACACCCAGCUGGCCGAGGCACGAACGGAAGCUGAAGCCAAGGCGGUGGCCGCCUGCGCCCAGGUGGAGCAGCAGUGUGUGAAGAGGGCAGAGACCCAGCUGGCUGAAGCACGAUCGGAGGCUGAGGCCAAGGCCAAGGCCGCACGCGCUGAGAUGGAGGAGCAGUGGCAGAAGAGGAUGACAACUCAGCUAGCCGAAGCACGAGCAGAGGCUGAAGCCAGAGCGACGGUCGCUAAAAGAGACGCAGAGCAGCAGUGUCAGGAGCGGACCGGUGGACAGCUGACCGAGACGCGUGCUGAGGUGGAGGCGGCGAGGAGGGAGGUGGAGGAACACUGGCGGAAAACGAUGGGAAGCCGGCUGGCUGAGGCACGGGCCGAGGCCGAGGCAGAGGUGGUAGCCGUCAGGAAGGAGGAGGAGCACCGCUGGCAGAGCAAGCUGGAAGGCCGUUUGUCGGAGGAAGGUCAUACGGUAGAAGCGAGGAUGGCGGCAGCAAGGAAAGAGGUGGAGGAGCAGUGGCAGAAAAAGAUGGAGACCCAGCUGGCUGAGGCUCUUGCUGGUGCUGAUGAGAAGGUAGCGGCCGCGAGGAGGGAGGUGGAGGAGCAGUGGCAGCACAGGGCUGACAAACAACUGUCAGAGGCUCGCGAUGAGGCAGAGAAGCGGAUGGUCACUGCCAGAAAGGAUGUAGAGGAGGAAUGGAAGAGGAAGCUGCAAGUCCAGCUGACCAAGGCGGAGGCGAGGGUGCAGUCGGUCAGGAGGGAGAUGGAGGAGGCGAGUCGCCGAGUUACACCUGUGAGUGAGUCUAACGUGGAGUCGCAGCUGGCAGCGUUGCGAGAUAAGCUAGAAGCGGAACACCGGCAGAGGGUUCAGCGUCAGGUGGCUGAGGAUGAAGAGCUGGUGAUGACAGUUCAAAGAGAGCUGGAGGAAGAGCGCGAGAAAAACACCAGGGUUCAGCAGGAGGCGGAAAAACGGAUGGAGGAAAUGCGAAGGGAGAUGGAGGAAGAUUACACGAAGAAGCUGGAAAGCCAGUCGGCAGAAUCAGAGCAAAGGGCGGUGGCAUUACGAGCGGUGAUUGAGGAAGAAAAGCGAAGGAACGCCGAAGGGCAGGUGGUCGACAAAGACAAGCAAAGGGCAGCAUGGCGUAAGGAGCUGCAAGAAGAAUACCAGAGCACACUAGAAUGUCAUUCGACCCAAACUGACGAGCUGGAGGCGGCCGCUGAUUACGAGCGGCGUCUGUCGGAGGCGCGGGCGGAGGCCGAGUCGCGGCUGGCGGCCGUCAGGGGACAGUUGGAGGCCGAGUAUCAGAAGAGGACCGAGUCGCGCAUCGGCGAGGUGCGGGCCGAGGUGGACGUGAAGAUCGCGCAAACGCUGGCGAAGGCUGAGGCGACCCUCAGCCGGCUGAAGGACAACAUGGAGGCAGAGUACGGCCGGAAGGCGGCCGCCAUGUCGGCCCGGCUCGAGGCGGAGGCGGACACCCAGGUGCGCGCGGUGAAGGAGCAGCUGCAGGCGCAGCACAAAGACGAGCUGAACGCCCGGGAAGCGCGGCUGGCGAAGGAGAUGGAGAAAGUGAGACGCGAGUCCGAGGAGAAGAUCCACGAAGGCCUUGAGAGGUGCAGAGAGGCGGAGGCUGAAGUAAGCCGGCUGGUCGAGGCAAAACAGGAGGCGACACUGAAGCUUGCCGAAGCCCAGCUGGAACUGGAGGCCAGCCAGAGCAGGCCUGUCGUGGAGCAUGUGUCUACCGCGGAGAAACCGAGCUCGCCGCUCGAGCUAUGCCCGGACACUACGGGAGCUGACACAAACGCAGAGGUCCUGGCGAGGGUGACGUCCGAGUACGAGCUUCAGGUGGCGGAGAUACGAGCUGAUCUGCUGCGUGUGCAAACGGUCUUUGAAGAAGAGAAGCGGGCAGCUGAGGAGGAGAGGCUGUGUCACGCUCGUCAGACGGCUGAGAGCGAGGCGGCGCUGAUCCGGCUCCGGGCCGAGGCUGGCCAGCAGGCGGCCCGGCUGGCCACGCUCAGCGCCCAGCUGGUCUCAGCGGAGUCCGGCCAGCAGGCGGCCGAGGCG